AUGAAGCGCAGCUUGAGGCGGAUGCUGCGCCCAGAGGAGAGGAAGGAGCUCCAGGGCGUUGCCUACUGCGGAGUGGAGAAAGACAUGGGCUCCUCCAAGGAAUGCCUAAAGGUGGACAUUGAAGGGGAUAUGUAUAGGCUAGAUGACUUCAUCAAGAACCGAAGAAAGCUAAGCAAAUAUGAGGAUGACAAUGUCUCUCCUUUGCACCAUGCAGCAGCAGAAGGUCAAGUUGAGAUGAUGAAGCUGAUCAUCCAAGGUUCUUCUUGUGAAGUGCUAAAUAUAAUGGAUGAUUAUGGAAAUACCCCACUACACUGGGCUGCAGAAAAAAAUCAGGUUGAAAGUGUGAAGUUUCUUCUCAGCGAAGGAGCAAAUCCAAAUCUCCGAAACAAUAACAUGAUGGCACCGCUUCACAUAGCUGUGCAGGGCAUGUACAAUGAGCUGACCAAGGUCUUGAUUGAGCACGACACUACUGACAUUAAUUUAGAAGGCGAGAAUGGGAACACAGCUGUGAUGUCCACAUGUGCCAAAGACAACAGUGACGUUUUGCAGAGUUUGUUAGAAAAAGGAGCUAAGCUGUGUAAAUCAAACAAAUGGGGAGAUUACCCUGUUCACCAGGCCGCAUUUUCAGGGGCCAAAAAAUGCAUGGAGUUAAUAUUAGAGUACGGUGAAAAAUUUGGCUACAGCAAGGAGUCUCAAAUUAACUUUGUGAAUCAUAAGAAAGCCAGCCCACUCCACCUCGCAGUUCAAAGUGGUGACCUGGACAUGAUUAAAAUGUGCCUAGACAAUGGUGCACAUAUCGACAUGAUGGAGAAUGCCAAGUGCAUGGCUCUCCAUUUCGCUGCAACCCAGGGAGCUACUGACAUCGUUAAACUCAUGAUCUCAUCCUAUACUGGAAGCAGCGAUAUUGUGAAUGCAGUUGAUGGCAACCAGGAGACACUGCUUCACAGAGCCUCAUUAUUUGAUCACUAUGACCUGGCAGAGUACUUAAUUUCAGAGGGAGCAAACAUCGACAGCACUGAUUCUGAAGGACGCUCUCCACUCAUCUUAGCAACUGCUUCUGCAUCUUGGAAUAUUGUGAAUUUGCUCCUCUCUAAAGGUGCCAAAGUAGACAUAAAAGAUCAUCUUGGACGUAACUUUUUACAUUUGACUGUACAGCAGCCUUAUGGAUUAAGAAAUGUGCAGCCUGAGUUUAUGCAGAUGCAACACAUUAAGGAGCUGGUGAUGGAUGAAGACAAUGAUGGGUGUACGCCUCUCCACUAUGCGUGCAAGCAGGGGGUCCCCGUCUCUGUGAAUAACCUCCUUGGGUUCAAUGUGUCCAUCCAUUCUAAAAGCAAAGAUAAGAAAUCACCCCUGCACUUCGCAGCCAGUUACGGUCGCAUCAAUACGUGUCAGAGGCUCCUGCAAGACAUAAGUGACACGCGGCUGUUGAAUGAAGGGGACCUCCACGGAAUGACCCCUCUUCACCUGGCAGCUAAGAAUGGACACGAUAAAGUUGUUCAGCUUCUGCUAAAGAAAGGGGCAUUGUUCCUCAGUGACCACAAUGGCUGGACUGCUUUGCAUCAUGCAUCCCUGGGUGGGUACACUCAGACCAUGAAGGUCAUUCUUGAUACUAACUUGAAGUGUACAGAUCGACUCGAUGAAGAAGGGAACACAGCACUCCACUUCGCUGCCCGGGAAGGUCAUGCCAAGGCUGUUGCCCUACUUCUGAGGUACAAUGCCGACAUCCUCCUCAACAAGCAGCAUGCCUCCUUUCUGCACAUUGCACUGCACAAUAAACGCAAGGAAGUGGUUCUCACGACCAUCAGGAGUAAAAGAUGGGAUGAGUGUCUUCAAGUGUUUACUCAUUAUUCUCCAAGCAAUAGAUGCCCCAUCAUGGAAAUGGUAGAAUACCUCCCUGAGUGCAUGAAAGUUCUUUUAGAUUUCUGCAUGAUACCUUCCACAGAAGACAAGUCCUGUCAAGACUACCAUAUUGAGUAUAAUUUCAAAUAUCUUCAAUGCCCAUUAUCAUUGACGAAAAAAUUAACACCUACCCAGGUCGUGCGAUAUGAGCCUCUUGCAAUCCUCAAUGUCAUGGUGCAGCAUAACCGCAUUGAGCUUCUCAACCACCCUGUGUGUAAGGAAUACUUACUCAUGAAAUGGUGUGCCUAUGGAUUCAGAGCCCAUAUGAUGAACCUAGGAUCUUAUUGUCUUGGUCUCAUACCCAUGACCCUUCUUGUUGUCAGAAUAAAGCCCGGAAUGGCCUUCAACUCCACUGGAAUAAUCAAUGGAACUACUGAUCACAUGGAAACAAUGAACACUCCGAAUUCAUUUGCAAUAAAAAUAUGCAUGAUUCUAGUUUUUCUAUCAAGUGUAUUUGGAUAUUGCAAAGAAGUGAUCCAAAUUUUCCAACAGAAAAGGAACUACUUCCUGGACUACAACAAUGCACUGGAAUGGGUUAUCUACACAACCAGUAUCAUCUUCGUCUUGCCCUUGUUCCUCAACAUCCCAGCGUACAUGCAAUGGCAGUGUGGAGCCAUAGCGAUAUUCUUCUACUGGAUGAACUUUCUACUGUAUCUUCAAAGGUUUGAGAACUGUGGGAUUUUCAUUGUUAUGUUGGAGGUGAUUUUUAAAACAUUGUUGAGAUCGACUGGAGUGUUUAUCUUCCUCCUAUUGGCUUUUGGCCUCAGCUUUUAUGUCCUCCUGAAUUUCCAAGCAGCCUUCAGCACUCCAUUGCUUUCCGUAAUCCAGACUUUCAGUAUGAUGCUAGGAGACAUCAAUUAUCGAGAUGCCUUCCUUGAACCAUUAUUAAGACAAGAGUUGGCAUAUCCAAUCCUCACCUUUGGGCAACUUAUUGCCUUCACAAUGUUUGUUCCAAUUGUUCUCAUGAAUUUACUAAUUGGUUUGGCAGUUGGGGAUAUUGCUGAGGUCCAGAAGCAUGCAUCAUUGAAGAGGAUUGCUAUGCAGGUGGAACUUCAUACCAACUUAGAAAAGAAGCUGCCGCUCUGGUACUUACGCAAAGUGGAUCAGAGAUCCACCAUCGUGUAUCCGAACAGACCCAGGCAUGGCAGGAUGUUACGAUUUUUCCAUUACUUUCUUUGUAUGCAAGAAACACGACAAGAGGUGCCAAACACUGACCCGUGUUUGGAAAUAGAAAUAUUGAAACAGAAAUACCGGCUAAAGGACCUCACGUCUCUGUUGGAAAAGCAGCAUGAACUCAUCAAACUCAUCAUCCAGAAGAUGGAAAUCAUCUCAGAGACAGAGGAUGAAGACAACCACUGCUCUUUCCAAGACAGGUUCAAAAAGGAGCGGCUAGAACAAAUGCAUAGCAAAUGGAAUUUUGUCUUAAAUGCAGUUAAGACAAAAACGCGUUGUCCUAAGUAUUAG